AUGGCUACUACCGCUGAAGAAGAGGCCAAAACUGGUACAGACACGCCUGAUCUCGAGACAGGAACAGCAACUCCACAACAUCAUCACCACCUUCAUUUCCCUCACCCACACUCCAAAAGAUUCACCCAGUUCAUUCAUCCUCACAGUGGAAAGACCGUCCACGUUUGUCAUUCUCCCGAGCACUUGGAACAAAAGAAGAAAGAACUCCUACAAGAGAAGAAGCCGGAAGAAUUUGAUGUGUUACUUCAGGGAUCGACUGACCACUUGGAAGCGAUCCGGACGCUCCAUGACCACCAUCAAUCACGAAGAGAUGAGCUGAAGGAGCAGCACGGCGAGGUCUAUUCCGAUAUCGAACACGUCAAGUCGGAGCUCGAUGCUCUGGCUGCAGAGCUGCAUCACCUCACAUCGCACGCUGUAGCUCUCGAUGCCAGUUUCGAUCGCUAUGGUUAUUCUGCCCAUCUUCGGACGAAAGAUGAGGAUUCGGAAACCACUUCUCUCCACAGUGAUCACCCGAGCGCGAGCGACAAGCACGCUGAUCGUUCCACUGAGGCGCUCAGAUUCCUGCACCGACCUGUGGUGAGGCAGUAUUUCCACAAGGGGCUUCUGUGGCGAUCUGCAAAGGCUGGCGAAGUCGCGUCAUUUGAGCUCUUCGUGGACCUUGUCUAUGUGGGUGUCAUCGAUAUUAUCGGUGAGACUGCCGUCGAACACCCAGGCGGAUUGGCAUUGCUGCACUUCGUGAUUGUCUUUUCAAUCGCCUGGAAAAUCUGGUCGGAUCUGACAAUGAUCAUCAAUAAUUUCGAGGUCGACGAUAUAAUGCACAGAUUCAACGUCAUAUUUUAUCUCGUCUGUCUCUUUGGCUUCACCACGAAUAUUGCCUAUGCUUUUGAAUCAACCUACACUUCCGCUAUUGCAUUUUACAUCACCCAAAGAUUAUUCGCAGCGUGCUGGUACGUGUGCGUGGGCAUAGCACUUCCAAACAUACGAGGUUAUAUGCUCUCGAUGUCUCUUUUGGUACUAUUCUCCGUUGUCUUUUGGAUAGGCAGUAUCCAUGUCGAAUGGCCCAAUCAACUGGCCCUUAUUUUCAUCGGUCUCGCAAUUGAUCUGUUCGGCGGUAUCGGGCUGAUAUGGUUGAUGAAAGAGGCUACCAAGAAGUCAAAGACGCUGCUCAAGGCUGUUUCCCAUUGGUUUGACUUCUUCCCCGCGAUCAAUAUCGAACACAGAGUUGAGCGCAACAAUGCAUUUGUGUCCCUGGUGUUCGGUUACUCCAUUCUUACUAUUCUUUUCCAGUCAAAAGCUUCCUUUGGUAUCAAUGCAUUUUUCGGCAAAGGCGUACUUGGUUUGAUUCAAGCUUUUACCUUCAAUUGGAUAUACUUCGAGAUUGACGCAUAUAAUGUCCAUGUUCACGCCAUCAGGAGGCAUUGGGUGAGCAGCUCUGUGUGGAUCACCGCCCACCUUCCGUUUAUUAUGGGCUACAUCCUGGCGGCUUCUACACUUUCACAGCUAGUGCUCGCCCACGACUGUGAAGAUGCCGACGAGCAUGACCUAGGGCACCAUUACGAGGACCGUAGCGUUGAGGAAGUACCUCGAUCCCUGCGAUGGUUUUACUGCGGCGGACUGGGAGUGGCUCUCAUCUGCAUGGCUAUAAUCUCGUUCUGCCACAUCCACAAACGAUUGGAGCGAUCCCGCUUGAAGAAGCGCCCGCGUCUGGCCAUCAGAGUCGCUGUGGCCAUCAUCAUUAUCUGCCUGCCCUUGGCUGAGGCUCUAAAUUCGCUGCACUUGAUCUCCAUCACGUGCGCACUGGUGUUCUUCGUGCUGUGCCUCGACCUGUUCGGGAAUUCCUGCGAGGGAGACCAAUUCUGGACUGGCGGCUGGUGUGCGGAGGAAAAGAAGAAGUGUGCCUACACGGCGAAUUUCAAGCUCGGUCGGCGGAGGAGGAAGGAGCUUGAGCAGGCUUUGCAACGUGGCGAGAAGCUCUCUCUCUCCGACUUGAUGAAGAGACAUUCCAGCAUGAGCAGCCUCGAAAGUCAAAGUAGUCGCGAGGAGGCAUGGCACGGUGGGCAUUAUUGA